GAUUAUCCGUACGGUACAAACCCAUCUGCUCCAGUUCCGCCUGAAUCACGAAUCGGUGCAGUGGAAGUGGAACCAGAGCAGUAAGUGAAAUCUAUACUUCUCGAGAUGAAGUGAAAUCGGCAAAGAUGAAUAGUUAGGGUUCCAUGGAAUCUAUGGCUAAGAAUCUUCCAACGGCGGGCAAAUGAAACCAUUACCUUCUACCUCGUCGUCGGCCCUGGCAUUGUCGUACAGUGGAUACGUCUGUUCUUCGAGGAUUGUAGCCAAGAAGAGUAAAACUACUCGAUCAUCUUCUCCAAAGGAUCCAGAAUCGACGCCACCGAGAAUCACAUCAAAUGUGAAGCAGAACUUACAGUUCUUAAGAUUAUGGAAGGAGUUUCAAGCAAAAAAGUCGAGCACUCCGAGGCCUAGUACCAGUUAUCGCCGGAAGAGGAUCGAAAAGGAUGAAUUGCCUGAGGAUACAGAGCUAUAUCGCGAUCCCACCUUGUCACUUUACUACACAAACCAGGGAAUGGAAUCGGCUAGCCCUGUCUUGCUUGUUGAUGGUUACAACGUAUGCGGCUAUUGGCCGAAGCUGAAGAAGCAUUUCAUGAUAGGGAGACUGGACAUUGCUCGCCAAAAGCUUGUAGACGAACUUAUCACAUUCAGUAUGCUUAGAGAGGUGAAAGUGGUGGUCGUAUUUGAUGCAAUGAUGUCCGGCCUACCGACACAUAAAGAAACCUUUAAUUGCAUCGACAUUAUAUAUUCAGGCGAAACCUGUGCCGAUUCAUGGAUUGAGAAAGAGGUCGUCGCUCUGAGGGAGGAUGGCUGUCCGAAAGUCUGGGUUGCGACAUCCGAUCGUUGCCACCAACAUGCGGCUUACGGAGCAGGAGCUUUCAUCUGGAGUGCGAAAGCAUUGGUUUCCGAGAUCAAAGCUUCGGAAAAGGAAGUCGAACAGAUGCUGCGCGAACACAGAUCGACAUCGAUGCAGGGUAAACUUUUGAAGCACAAUCUGGACUCGGAAGUUGUCGAAGCCCUCAAGGAUCUUAGAGACAAGCUGUCGGAAAAUGCAUCGCCUGGAUGAUCCGGCGAUGAAAGCAAAAACACAUGGACAGGUUUUUCCCCUGCUUAAGUUGAUGUUAAGUCUCUCCAAAAAAAGAGCCUCAGUUUGUGUCACUGUUUUUCUCUGGAAAUUUUUAGUUACCUUAUUUUAGAGUUUGAUCUCAAAUUUUUUAUUGUGCAAUAAUUGUGAUUUUUAUAAAAUAUUUUUUUUUCCUACAAAAUGUUACAUACAAAUUAGUU